GCGGGGCGGUGGCGGCAGCGGGGGUCCGGGCCCGGGCGGGGACCGGGGGACCCGGCAUGGCGCUGCGGAGAGGCGGCGGGGCGCUGGGGCUGCUGCUGCUGAGCGCCGCGUGCCUCAUCCCGCCGAGCGCGCAGGUGAGGCGGUUGGCGCGCUGCCCCGCCACUUGCAGCUGUACCAAGGAGUCCAUCAUCUGCGUGGGCUCCUCCUGGGUGCCCAGAAUCGUGCCUGGCGACAUCAGCUCCCUGAGCCUAGUCAAUGGAACAUUUUUGGAAAUCAAGGACCGAAUGUUUUCCCAUCUGCCUUCCCUGCAGCUGCUAUUGCUGAAUUCUAACUCAUUCACGGUGAUCCGGGAUGAUGCCUUUGCUGGCCUUUUUCAUCUCGAAUACCUGUUCAUUGAAGGGAACAAAAUAGAAACCAUUUCAAGAAACGCCUUUCGGGGUCUCCGUGACCUGACUCACCUUUCUUUGGCCAACAACCACAUUAAAGCACUUCCAAGGGACGUCUUUAGUGAUCUAGAUUCUCUGAUUGAACUAGAUUUAAGGGGUAACAAAUUUGAAUGUGACUGCAAAGCCAAAUGGUUGUAUCUAUGGCUGAAGAUGACCAAUUCCACUGUGUCUGAUGUGUUGUGUAUCGGUCCACCAGAAUACCGGGAGAAGAAGCUCAACGAUGUGAGCAGCUUUGACUAUGAGUGUACCACCACAGAUUUCGUCGUUCACCAGACUCUGCCGUACCAGUCAGUGUCAGUCGACACGUUCAACUCCAAGAACGACGUGUACGUGGCCAUCGCUCAGCCCAGCAUGGAGAACUGCAUGGUGUUGGAGUGGGACCACAUAGAAAUGAAUUUCCGAAGUUAUGACAAUAUCACAGGCCAGUCCAUCGUGGGCUGCAAGGCCAUCCUCAUCGAUGACCAGGUCUUUGUGGUGGUGGCCCAGCUCUUCGGUGGCUCUCACAUUUACAAAUACGACGAGAGCUGGACCAAGUUUGUCAAAUUCCAAGACAUAGAAGUGUCUCGAAUUUCUAAGCCCAAUGACAUCGAGCUGUUUGAGAUUGACGACGAGACGUUCUUCAUCAUCGCCGACAGCUCGAAAGCAGGCCUGUCCACGGUUUACAAGUGGAACAGCAAAGGGUUCUACUCAUACCAGUCUCUACAUGAGUGGUUCCGGGACACAGAUGCAGAGUUUGUUGACAUCGACGGGAAGUCACACCUCAUCCUGUCUAGCCGCUCCCAGGUCCCCAUUAUCCUGCAAUGGAACAAAAGCUCCAAGAAGUUUGUCCCCCACGGUGACAUCCCCAACAUGGAGGAUGUGCUGGCUGUGAAGAGCUUCCGGAUGCAGAACACCCUCUACCUUUCGCUCACCCGGUUCAUCGGGGACUCUCGGGUCAUGAGAUGGAACAGUAAGCAGUUUGUGGAGGUCCAAGCUCUCCCAUCCCGGGGGGCCAUGACCUUGCAGCCCUUCUCCUUCAAAGAUAACCACUACCUGGCCCUGGGGAGUGACUACACCUUCUCACAGAUAUACCAGUGGGAUAAAGAGAAACAGCAGUUUAAAAAGUUUAAAGAAAUCUAUGUGCAGGCUCCCCGGUCUUUCACAGCCGUCUCCACCGACAGGAGAGAUUUCUUUUUUGCAUCCAGUUUCAAAGGGAAGACAAAGAUUUUUGAACAUAUCAUUGUUGAUUUAAGUUUGUGAAAGGUGCGAUGGGGGGAGGGGGGUUUCAAAGAUGAGUGUAGUGUUAGCUCUCACAAGAGAGAGAGGGACCAAGAAGAAAUAAAAUAAAGUAAACCAGGCUCGGAGCUCUGAAAUUAAGAUUCAUAACGCAUUGGGGAAAUAGUUAGACAUUUUCAAACUUUUAGGACUCACGUUUUAACCAGGGAUUGCAUUUAUUUUGGCUGAUUGCAUGACAGACCCAUGCUGCUGUUUAAAUAUGACAUCUUAAAGCCUGUAAUUUCUGAGAAAAGAGUACAGCAUCUUACCAACUAGCAAGCAACAUGCUGCUACUUUAUUUUCAAUAAGAAAGGAGAACACAGAGCAAGAUGAGCCAGCCCUUUUAGUGAAAAUUAAAAACAAAAACAAAAACAAACAAAAACCCCCUACCCCACUAAACCCACAGACCCUUCUCGUCUCAUCUUGGCAGUCUUUCAGCUAAGAACGGUUAAAGCCAAAGUGAGCUGAAGAGAUGUGCUGAGCGUUCGUUUGAAUAUCUCAGAACACUCGGCAGCGCUAUUUUGAGCCACCCCAGUCUCCUGAAAGGCAUGGCCAGUCUUCCAGAACCUUCCCUGGAGCAGAACCUUGGCUCUGCCCUCACUUGGAUUGAGUGUCUUCACAGCUUAAUGUUUGACAUCGCUUCCUCUGCCACAGAGAAAAUAUUCUGGUGACACAUGUCUAGGCCAGCAUGGGCUGUGGGCCCAGCAGCAAGAUAAAGAGGUUUCCCCUGUUUUUUGUUUUUUUUUUUUUUUUUUUUUUUUUUUUUUUUUUUUUUGUGUGUGUGUGUGUGUGUGUGUGUGUGUGUGUGUGUGUGAUUCAAAGGUGACCCUUGAGGUGGCUGGAGCAAUCAUGUGUGUCUGAUGUGCUCUGUUACUCACUUGCUUCUCUGAACCCAUCGUUUUAGUUGGUGGGUAACUGGCAGACAGGCCAAAGGCGGGAACGGUGCUUUUCAUCUGUCCGUUAGAAGGAUGGAACAGGUGUUUCCAUCUGAUGCGCAUUGGGGAGGGUUUUUGAAGUGAGAUUUUACGGAGUCAGAGGGGACUUUACUCAGAUCUUGAUGUGCUUUGAGACUCAGAGGGGGCCCUUUGAUUGAUGCAUGUCUUUGCCCUCUGGACAACUUAAUAUUUCAAGUAGUUGAUUGAAUAGAAACCUGCCCACCUGCCUCCCUUGCUCCUGGAACAGGGCUUUGUCCAGUUGUCGCUGUUACAGUGGCUGGUUUGUGCAACCCCACUGAAGUUUCUGCACAUACAAAAGUCAAAAUCACAGCUUGGAUGCUGUCGACAGGGGCACACCCCCCUCUUCCAGCACACUAGGCAAAGGGAAGCAUGGCCAUGUGCUUGUGAUGGGGUAUCUGGUAGAGCAUCAGGAGAGACCAGCUGGAGCCAGAUAGACUUAAUCUCAUAGACCAGGUCUGUGCUUGGGACCAGGUGGCCUAUUUCAAAAUAGGCCUCCAGUGGGGACAGCAGGGGAGCUCUUGGGGUCUGGUUUUGUAGAUGGUUCCACGGUGGAUUUCUGUCUAAGAAGCUAGUUCUCUUUGAGAAUAUAAAGCAGAUGUUUUUUAGGGGAGCGUCUUGCAGAGUAACUCACUGUAUCUCUUCUAGCUGUGAAGGUAGCACAGACCCACUGCAGUGUGCUGUGGGGUUUUAAUGGUCAUCACCACACUGUAUGUAGGUAGAGGGUCUGUCAGAAAUGUGAACGCGUCUGUUCUUUCCUGUAAGCAGCGGGGACUGAUCAAUACGCCACACUGGCGAGCUAUGCUUUGACGAUCAUCAGCAUCCCUGGCUGAUGUUCCCAGCCUAGGGGAGCAAGGACUUUAAUGAGCCCUGUCAAUCACGUUCUGUAGUGUGGUUGCUUGGAACUUUGGUGCUAAAUGCCAAGCAAACAGAAAGAGUGGUCUGUUUUAAUUUUUAAGCACAAAUUACUCUUUCUUUGCAUCCUUUUGUCUUCUUGGUUCAUUUAAUUUGACCACGAGUUCCCAGCUCUCCAUGUUGGAGGCCGAAAGUUCGAUGUUUCUGCUUUUCCUUCCCCUGGAGAACAACUGAGCCAUGCUCCUUCCCCAAUCCCCCAUGCAUGGGUUCCCCAGACAGCCUUCUAGCACUGAUGCCAGGUAGAAAGAACACUCUUGUUUCCUGCUGCUCCUAGAGGAACCCACAGGGGCAUCUCUCAGAGUGCUACCUCCACAGAGCCUUGUACCAGCUGUUCUGUGCUCCCUCACAGAGUGAAGUCCAGGGACUUGAUGUGGCUGUUGCUUAGAGUUUGGAAAGUCAAGACACUCAGGGUUUGUGCUUGGGGUGGGGGGCUUCGUCACACCCAGAUGAAGCAUUUGAGUAGCAAAAGAGGUCCCUAGUAGGGUAGGUGGUGGGGCUGGGAUAUGAGAGGACUGCCAGUCCUCUCAGCUGCAAGUCAAGUUUCCUUUUUCUUUAAAAAUAAGUUUCUAAAGCCUGGAGUCUGCAGUCUUCUGAGUUCUGCGCUGUGCAGGGAGAUAUUUGUUCUGGCCAGCACAGCGAAGGAGCAGAGAUGUUCUUGGCAGAAGGUGGGGGAGCUUUGCUUCAUUAAUCUUACUGCUCUCUCCCAAGAAUCCCUGAAGUUUUAAGCAAUUUCUGCAAAAGCCUUUCGUCCUGUAAUGAUGUAAAAUAACAAAACCCACCCACGCAACCGUGACCAAAGUCCAAGGUGGAGAAAUGCACAGGACUGUCCAGCUGAGGGGGAUUGCUCCCUCCUUCCCUCUCCCCGUGACUUCCCUCUCCUUUCUUUCCUUCCCAUCAGCCAUACACUGUCAUCUGCUUGUCUGUGUGGUCUCUGCACCUGGGUUCCUAGGCUGAUCCAAUCAGUCGUCAUGUGGCUCUCAGGCCAUAACCUGAAAGCGAGGGUGAGUCCUCAGACUCUGUAAGAUCGGUUGUAGCUCUCUCCAAAGACUAAAAAUAAACCUUUGGGCUGACAAGCACUUUGUUCUUGGACUGCGGAUAAGAGCAGCCCGCAUUCCGGAAGCUUUAUUUCCCGGCCCUGUACAUCUAUGUCCCUCUCAUGUGUCGUAUGUAACUCUUUGGUUUACAGAGGGCAGGUGUUAUCCUAAGGUCAAAGGGAAGGGAAUAGACACAGAGCCGAAGUGGAUGGCCUGCCUGCGAUGAUCCAGUUUUAAGCAGCAAAGCUAGAACUUCCCCUUGGACUGCAGGUGCUGCAUUUUCUCUCUCUAACGCUCUGCUGUGCCCACCCAAAGACAGACACUGUUGCCAUGACAGUGAAGACAGCAAUUCUUGUAGAUUAAGUAAAAGUACAAAGCAGGAUGAAGAGCCAGGAGGAAAGACGUGCCUGACAGACAACAUUCAAUCAUCGGUACCAUUGAACAAUUAACAAACACCCCAGAACUGUGUGACAUGCCCAGCCAGGCUUGAGAAAGCCUUCCAGAAACGUUGGAUAGCUUCAGUUGUCUAGAGAGGGUUUCUAGCAGGCACGACUGUGUCUCCUCCCACAAUCCCAUUACAGGAAUGCUGAGGCUGGACACAUCUGGUUCCUGUCACGAUGUCCACCAGAUAAGAUGAGUUCUGCGAGCGAGAAAUUAAAAACCCAAAUGCAGGAGCGAUGAUGAAUUGCUCUGGGGCCCUCUCCAGCCUUUGGGGAGCUCACAGAGAGAGACAGUGUUGUGUUCUUCCUGCGGAGUGAGGCUGCCAUGUUUUUAGGAAAGAAAUCAGUGUGAGAUGCUGGAAGUUGGGCUGCUCAUGAUGGAAAUUUCUCUGGCUGGGGGCGGGGGGGGGGGGGGCCGGGGGCGCGGUGUCCCAUGCGAGCCAGACGAAUGUCUGUGGGAGGGGCUUCUGUUUGCUUGCCACCUAAAGGAAACCUCCAGCCCGCGUCCGGAUUGUUCUGCAGAAGAGUCAGUCCUUGUGUGAAGCUUUGGAAGGAAGUUACCUCAUUAGGCAGUGCCGAGGAUUUUGUUCGACAGUGCGCUAGAGCAGAAUCAGCAGUCUAGCUGCAGGUGAUGUAAGCAAGGUGGUUCCCAUCUGGGGCACCAUGGAAAAAUGGGGAGGAACGCAGGGCAGACGGCCAUGGAGCAUAUGCUUUGGGGCAAGUGGGAAUAAGCUUGAAAGGAAAGAAAAGAGCAAUCAUAAUUUCUGUUCCUUAGCAGAGGGUAGAAUGACCAGGCUCAUCAACAGCAUGCCAAUAACUGAACAGCAUCCUUUGUGAUGCUGAUUCAGAUAACAAUGACAUCAUCUGGCCACUGAGCUCUCAGCCCAGGCACUCUGCCCCUUACCCUAGCUCAUCGCUUGUGCCAGCAGCCACCUCUUUCUAGUGGGAAACUAUGCAUUCCCUCUCCAACCCCUUGACUAUCAGGAAUGUACGAGAACUGUGAUAAAAUAGGCCACUAUGCCAUUUGGUACUGUUUUUAUGUAUUUUAAAUGUACAACUUAGGUGAAAUAAUACUUUAUAUGUAUAUGGAAGUAAGUUUUACAGUAGUCUGACAAUGAUGGAUGUGUUUUGAAGCUGUAGAUAUACUUAGCUCUUUUUGGAAAAUAGAUUCAACACAUGAUAUGCCUCUUAAUUCUAUAUAUUCUGUAAUCCUGUGAAUAAAAAGUAGCAAAUGCCUAA